AGGAUGGUGAUCAAGCUUCAAGAAGAUGUUACAGUUGACAUGUUUUUACCUUACUUGAACUCGGAGAGCAUAUUUACCAACACAGAACCUCUUGGUAAUGGCUCUUUCGGAACAGUUGUUAACCAUUUCCAACCUGGCUACGUGCCAGGAUUAUAGAUGUGGAUUCUGGUGAGGAGGUGAAGCGUAUUUUCUGACUCGUUACAGUGACUCCACAUACCAUGCUGAGUAUUGUGCUGCUUGCACUGUUCACUUUUCAGGUCUGGUACGGAUUCUAAGACGAACAAAUUAAGAGUGAUAAAGGAAAUCGAGAUAAUAAUGAGAGGUGGGAUUCCGUCUUUAACACAUCUUAAAUCGGUUUUAAGAGAGGUGGAAAUACUGAAUUUUACCAAACAUUCAAGAGUCGUUGAUCUGAUCUCCGUGUACAUGAAGUGUAACGAGGAAAGUUUGUUAUUAGAAUACGUUUACUUGAUCAUGGAACACUGCGGCACCACUCUUGGAACAUAUGUUAAAAAUAAUAGAACUGCUGAGAAGGAUGUGUGGUUAAAAGAUGUCGUUGGAGUUGUGGUUCAUGAUGUUGCGUGUGGGCUGAAUUAUUUGAACAAGUGCGGGAUAUUUCACAGGGAUAUAAAACCAGGAAAUGUUUGUAUUGAGAAGAAUGGUGAUAUACGCCGUGCCAAGAUCGUGGAUUUCGGUCUGGCUCGGAGGAAACCAGACAAUUCCGGGAGCAUUACGACCCCUAUCUCGACUGCUGCUUAUCGAGCACCGGAACAUUUGCUCGGACCAAAAUAUAAAAAUCAAAAUGAUAUUUGGGCAUUGGGUUGCAUUUUAGGAUUCGUCGUCUCGUCAAAGCAUUUGUUUGCAAAUGGUGACAGUAUUCUUGAUAAUAUCUUAAAAUACCUUGGCAAGCCACCGCAAGUCUUUUUUGACCGCAUUCAGACGGAAUUGGAUACCAACCCUGUAAAAGUGGAUCAAUUUUUAUUUAGAAAAUUAAAGAAUUUGACAAUCAUUCUAAAAGACAGCCAUUUUGAUCAUGGUCGUGUUAUAUUUAAAGAGUUCAAUGAAGGCCUGGAGAGAGAUAUGGCCCGAUCAGCUGAGAAUCUCAUGAACAUGAUGCUGAAAUGGGAUUACAAGGAACGGAUUACCGCCAGGGGCAUCUUGGACAGUAAAUUCAUAUCUCUGGUUCGAAGUAGUCGCCCUGAGUUAUCGAAGGACAUUGUAGAUGAAGAACACUGUAGAACUACAAGCGAAGAGUUGGGUGUCCUAGAAAGACAAGUAAAGAAAGUAGUUGAAGAUGACAGCAUCUCAAGGGAAGAUAAGUUAAAAACCGUCCAGAACUAUCUGACGAGUACGAUAACGGAAAAGUACGGCUAUGUACAGGAGUGGGCAGAUCACUACGAAUAUCACAUUCCUGAUGGUGACGAAAUUCCAAUAGGUCAGUUAGUUAUUGAGUAGAGACAGUACCGUGAACUUUGGAGAAGAGGCGGCAUGACGGCAUCGUUACUCAUUUAUUCGGGAAUAAAAGUUGCAAACUUGUAUUUGACUUCUUUAUUCUAGCUGUUGUUUUUAGUCUCUGUUUUAUUUAAGUUCCGUGGCUAAUUUUAUUUUUUAUUCAUUGUGGCCGGUUUUUUAAAAUUUCGGAUAUUAUGCUGUAUUAUCGAAUUUUGUAAUGUCUGUAUUUGCGAUUUUGUGAGAAUCUUAACAAAAUGUCCAUCAUUUUUAGGCAAAUUUACACGAUUUUUUUACACGAUUAGAAAAUUUAUUUGUUAUACUGGAUUAAUAACAAUUUUAAAAUAUAAAAUAAAUUACUUCCCUCUGAAGUAGAAUACCUGAAGUAGAACACCGCAGUAGAACACCUCAGGGAGGUAAAUUAAUACCUGUAUCGCGAUGAUCAGGUUGAAAUUGUGUAAAUCUUUGUACAUUGUAACAUGUCGACGAAUUAGAUUCCAUUU